GUGUACGGUAACCUCCAUAUAUCCAUCUGUCAGUGGCCUGGGGAUAAUAAUCGACUAGUUGUGUACGGACAUCAAUCCAGUGAUCCAGAAACUGACGAGGUUUUAACUGGAUCUCUUCACUGUUAUCUAACUGUUACAACAGCACCCAGUAUGAACAACUGUCAAGAGUGUGUCAAGGUUGCGUCUAGUUAUGAUGCUGAUGAUGUGGCAGCUGCCUGGAACUCUUGUGUAAGAUUAUCAUGCUUACGCCACGGAGCUACAGUUCACACGCAGUUUGAUUUGGUUCCGCCGUAUCCGAAAUUCGAACCAAAAAUUAGUUUAAAGCGAGGUGGUUGUAUUGUGGUGAAUACGGGAAAUUUUCUCCACGCCAUCACAGUCAAGACAGAACGGUUAGGCGUAUCACAGGAGAAGGAGAGCAGAACACAAGAACCAUUUCUCAGAGGAAUUAAUCCCCUGUCCCCGCCCUGCAAUCCCAUCUCUGUUAAUGUGGGAAUUGCGGAGUUUUCUCUUGUCGCAGAUGGCUCCCCUGGCGGAUUUUCUCCCGUUAGCUUCCCACAAAAUUCAGAUUCAGAAAACACAGAUGUAGAGUCAGAAGCUUCCUUUCCUUCAAGAUCAAGCAGAAAACUACGAAGUAAGCGACCUCUCUUCUUCGAGAACUCUUCCCAGAAACAAGAGUCCUCCAGGGGGGGCGAGAGUCCUAGGAGACAUCUGGAGAAGAUGAACAGGAUUCAGGAGUUUACUAGUAAACUCUCUCCUACGAAAAACUUGGCAGGGAGGUUUAAGGAGAAGAAGGAGGAGAAGGAGAUUAAUGAGAGAGAUGGGUUUGAAUUUAUGAUUCCCUCAACGCCAGGAAGUUCGGACAAGAAAAGAAAGCUGGCGGAUGAAGCGUAUGAUUUAACUGAUGAAAACUUUCUAGUUGAUGUGCCCGAGAAACUUUCCACAUUUAGGCGGAAGAGGUUAGCGGAGAAGAAGUACGAGUUCACUGAGGAUGAAGAGGAUCAGAACCCCUACCCCAUCACAAGGCUUAGAUAUAAGAAGAUGGCCGAGGCUGGGAAGGUUUUCUCUCAGGUUCUCCAGAACUCCUCUACACAGGAUCUUAUGGUCUGUGUCUCACAGAGAAACCCCGGAGAAACACAGACUCCAGAGUAUGAGGAUGGUGACUGGACAGAUAUGCUGGAUGGGUCAGCUUAUUAUCUAUCUGUUGUAUCUAUCUAUCUAUAUAUCUAGAGUAUGAGGAUGGUGACUGGACA